CGCCAUAUUUAGAUGCGCAGAUCCAAAACACAAAGAGCUAUCGACAAUAUUCCGAUUUUUUCAGUAUUAUCUGUGUAAUUAGACACGUAGAAAUCAGAUUGGAUUUUUAGUUUAGGAAUCUGUUAUGGCUCAGAGUCCAGCUGGAGGCGCAGUAAGGGCAUUACAGCUGGAAUUGAAGAAAAUUCAUGACGAACCUGUCGAGGGUUUUCGAGUAAAGCUGAUCAAUGAGGAUAAUUUGUUCGAGUGGGAAGUGGCGAUUUUUGGCCCCCCUGGAACUCUGUAUGAAGGGGGAUAUUUUAAGGCUCACAUGAAGUUUCCUAAAGAUUAUCCAUACUGUCCUCCUAGUGUUAGGUUUAUAUCCAAGAUGUGGCAUCCUAAUGUAUAUGAUAAUGGUGAAGUUUGUAUAUCAAUAUUACAUCCACCAGUUGAUGAUCCCCAGAGUGGUGAACUUCCGUCCGAACGCUGGAACCCAACUCAGACUGUAAGGACUGUAUUACUUAGUAUCAUUUCCCUGCUUAACGAACCCAAUACAUAUUCACCAGCCAACGUAGAUGCCUCAGUUAUGUUUCGUAAGUGGAAGGAAAGUAAAGGAAAAGAUAAAGAAUAUGAAAAUAUUAUCAGGAAGCAAGUUUUUGCGACUAAAGAGGACUCGGAACGUGAUGGCGUUACCGUGCCGACUACCCUGCAGGAAUACUGUGUCAGUGCCAAACCGCUGAGUCAGGAUAAUCAGGUGGAUGCAGAUUUCUAUGACGACGAUUACGUCGACGAUAUGGAUGAGGAGGAUCCCAUGUACGAAGAUGACGACGAUGACUCCGGGAACGAAGAAUCUUGAUCAACGCUCCCCAUUUAAACGUUAGAAAUUGUAUAAAUUAUGCUAUAAAUGAAUGCGCAAGGUUUCGGGUGAUAUAAAUUCUGGCAGGAAGUGAUGUUUACGUAUUCUUAAAACAACUUGUUGAUGUAGUAAUUUCCGAUCGAUCGAUUAUGUUUUCAAGUUGUUGUGAUUGUUGGGGCAUUUGAUGCCAAAUAUCUUGCAUGAACAAAAGUUGUCAAUUUUUAUUUUUGUUCCUUUGAAAAAAAAAAAAAAAUAUCGUGUGCUGAGCCUGUUAUGAGCACAUACAUGUUGAAAAUGUUGAUCUGAAAUGAAUAUUAGGUGUGUGUGUGAUUGGUCAAUAUGUUUGUGGAGAGUUAAAACAAAAAUAGAUUUAUUAUUAUAAACUUAAGAAAUUUAAAAUUGUAUGUAUAUCUGCCGUAAUAUUACUAAGAGGUAGUAAUCUGAUCAAAUCCUCUUUCUUAAUCAGAGAAAUCUGUAACUUGGGUGAAUGAAUAUAAGGCGAAUUAUAAGGAGAGAUUUGAAUGUUUAAUGUAAAAAAAUUAAAAUUGUAUGCGUAUCUGCCGUAAUAUUACCAAGGGGCAGUAACUCUGAGUAAAUCCUCUUUCUUAAUAAGAAAAUUCUAAACUUGGGUUAGUGAAUAGGGAGAAUUAUAAGGAGAGAUUUGAAUGUAUAAUGUAAGAAAAUUAAAAUUGUGUGUGUAUCUGCCGUAAUAUUACUAAGGGGUAGUAACUCUGAGUAAAUAGUCUUAAUCAGAGAAGUUUCGUAACUUGGGAUAGUGAAUAGGGUGAAUUAUAAGGAGAGAUUUGAAUGUAUAAUGUAAGAAAAUUAAUAUUGUAUUUGUAUCUGCCGUAAUAUUACUAAGGGGCAGUAACUCUGAUAAAAUGCCCUUUAUAAAUCCGGAAAGUCUGUAAGUUGGGAUAGUGAAUAUGAGGAGAAAUUUGAAUGUAUAAUUUUUAAAGUCACUGAUAUUUAUUGGAGUGAUUCUGAAUCCCGUGUAAACUAUAAUAUUGAGAAAGUUGCAUCUCUAAAUGGAUAUCAAAAAAAAAUGGUUCAUUUCCAUUCAAUAUGAUAAAUUGAAAAUUUCCCAACAUUCAGUAGACGACAUAAGGAAGUCAAUGUUUCCUUAAACUGUAAAAUAUUUUGAUGGGUCUCUUUUUAGUUUGUUUAAAUCAAGACCUAGAAUCAAGGCCUAUAGUUUAUCAACUGUUGAUAUUAUAAUUUGUUUUCAAAUAUUAAAAAAUCAGUUUUAGAACAGUUUAUUUUAACAUGGACAAUUUAAUAUGGUUUCGAAAAAUUGAAAUGACAGGGCUUUAAUAAGAUAAUUUUGAAAUAAAAAUUUAGGGGAUGUAGAAAUAUGUGAUUUAAAAUGAUUUGGCAUUUUAUUUAGAACUAUAUACUAGAAUUCAAUUUACAGCAAUUGCAUUUCUAAACACAGUUCAUCUUGUAAAAUAUCAUCUUUUCAUGACAGUCAACUGCCAUGUUCAAUUCGGUUUGAUUUAUUUAUUAAAUUGAAAAAAGGUGUAUGAAAUUCCUGUAGCUCAUGCAUGUACUUGAAGAAUAUGACCUUUUCAUUGGUUUAGCAUUAAAAUUUCAAAUAUUACCCAAUCAAAAGGCUAGAUUAAAAUAUUUAUGUGUUUUUGUGAAUAAGGCCAUUGGAGUUUGAAAUUUAAAUUAUUUGUUAUUUUGUACAUUGUGUGACAUUGAAUUGAAGCAAUUUUUAUAUUUAAAAACCUGUGUUUUUUUAAUGUGCUUAUUUAUUAACUAUUUAAAACAAAAUUUAGAUUAAAAUAAUACAGGAGCCUAAUAGUUAACGUGUUUAUUCACAUGUUUUAAGAAUAAUCUGUCUUCAUAAACCCGCUAGGUGUAGUAGGACAAACUCCUAUUUCAUUCAUUCAUUCAUUUAUCAAUAGUUGAUUGAAUUUGAAUAAUUUUUUGAAUAGUUGAUUUUUAUUCAACUUACUAGAAUGUUUGAAUCUAGUGUAUUUUCCAUUAUGAGCAUUUGUUGAUUUCAUUAAUUUAAUAUUAAAUGGUUUCCAUGGUAUUUAAUAAUUGAACUGGAAUAUACAGAUCACAAUUCUAUGGAAUACAAUUACUGCUUAUUAAUGAUAAAAUGUAACGAUAUCUAAUUUACACGUAAAAUGAUACUUGGUUAAUGAUGACUAACCAGAGACACCCUUCUAAUUACCGUGAAGUUCGAUCCCUGCAUUGGCUGAGAAUGUUUAUCAAGAUUUUCUGGUGUGGUUUCACCCUGUCAGUGGUGCAAGACAGAGAACUUGACAAGGACAGCUGUCUAGUCGUGCGGAUGGGACAAAAAACCAAGGUCCCAUGUAUACAUUGGAAUGCACGUAAAAGAUCCCUUGGCAGUUGGAAUUCGAUUUAAGAGUAAGCCAUACUGCCACUGCCCGGGUAAAAUUUCCUUUCUAGCACACUGUAUGGUGUAUGCCAGUCGUCAUUAACCCAGUCGGAGUAGGACGUUGGACCCCCAUUUCAUUUCAUUUUUAAUUACCCAGAAGGAAACCUAACUUAAUUAAAGUAAUAUAAUAUGAAAAGAAUCAAAUUUCCUUUAUAGCAGACUGUAUGGCAUAUGCCAGUCGUCAUUAACCCAGUCGGAGUAGGACGUUGGACCCCCAUUUCAUUUCAUUUUUAAUUACGUGGAAGGAAACGUAACUUAAUUAAAGUAAUAUAAUAUGAAAAGGAUCAACCGAGGAUUGGUUUUUUUCAUCAUUACUUGAUAAUGACUAGAGAAGCCAAGUUGUAACGUCGCUCAUUAACAAACAGUAAAUGUAUAUCAUAGAAUUGUGCCUUGAAUUAAUGUCAGGAACAAAAAGCUGAUCAAAUUGUAUUCCAUAGAAAUGUGACCUGAACUAAUAUUAGUCGGGAACAAGUAGCUGAUCAAAUUCUGUGUAAAUUUAAUUGACAUUUAUUAAGAAUUACCUUGAAAUCAGGUUGUAGAUGAGGACUGGAAUCAUCACUAGAAUUUUGAAAGACUCGGUCAAUGAAAGACUAGGAUCAAUGAAUGACUCAUUCAAUGAAAGACUCGGUCAAUGAAAGCCUCAGCCAAUGAAAGACUCGGUCAGUGAAAGUUUCGGUCAAUGAAUGACUCAGUCAAAGAAAGUCUCGUUCAAUGAAUGACUCAGUCAAUGAAAGACUCGUUCAAUGAAUGACUCAGUCAAUGAAAGACUCGAUCAAUGAAAGCUUCGGUCAAUGGUCAAUGAAAGACUCGGUCAAUGAAAGACUCGGUCAAUGAAUGGGUUUCAAUAUGAAGUCAUAUCUUUAAAUUGGUCUCAGGUUUCUUUAUAAUCUGAUUUAAAUGCAAUGCAGAAGAUUAAUAAUCUACCGUAGUUAUUUCACUUGUCUUCUUAAUUAGAUGUUAAUUUAAUUUGAUUAAUUUUUAAUGUUUAUUAGGCCUGUUUUCCAUGUUCGCAUUUUUACGGCAUUUCCACACUCUUAACAGUGUAAAACAUUCGAUAUUGUCAGAAAAAUACACUAUCGGGAUCAGCGUCGUAAACUGAUUGUGCAUUUUUGAUCAGGCAAUAUUAAUUUUCCGAUGCAAAAUCAUUUAUUACUUAGAAAUUUGUUUUACAAAUCAUGGACAUUGUAGAUAAUUCCUUUAAAUACAUUUGUAUGAAUAAUUCCCAUCAAUGGAUACUACUAGUCCCCUUCUUUUCCUACUCAUUUUAUAAUUGUUUGAUGUUGGGGUCGGAAUAUAUGUAGUCUACCUCCAGAUGUUUCUUGAUUUCAUGGAAUUGUAUAUUGGUUGUUGUUUUUUUGUCGGAAUCAUAUUUUUUUUUUUUUUAUCUUAUUGCUCUCACAUCAUGGGUGCUGUUUCGACCGUAAAUAUGUCGGACAUGUCCCACACGAAUUGGUUAACGUCAGAUCGGGAUAUUGCCAAGUCAGACAAUAAGAUACUUGUUGGGUGAAUUGUAUUCAAAAUUUAAAAACAAUAUGCAAUUUGUGAAGACAGAAAUAGUAAAUAUCUUUUUCUUAAAUGUGUAGGAGCCGCGGUAGCUCAGUCACUAGCCAGGAAACCUGUCCAACCUCGUGGGUGUUCUCAGGGUCAUCUUGUUUCCAAUGAUUUAUUGAAAUAAAAUUAAACCAUAUGUUAAGUCUUGAAAUGACCUACUUUGUGUCGAGUGGACGUUAAACCCCAUUUCUCUCUCCCUCUCUCUCGUUAGCCAAGAGGUCCCAGGUCCAAUCCUGGUAUUGUCACUGAUGUAAGAUGGGGAGGCCUGGCAAGGCACAGCGGUUUGUCAUUCGGAGAGGUUAAAAUGCUUGAAGUUCUGUGUACACAAUGACAUUAUGUAAAAGAACUGUUGGAAUUUAAAAUAAGAAUAGGCCGUAUCAAUAUCUCCCCCAUACAUCUCUACAUGGUGUUGAUUAGCCAGAAUGGUGUAGAAAAGUAGGCCUUUAAACCACGAUUUCAUCAAUUGAUCGUAUCCAGUGUGCAAGAGAUAGCUUCUGUAUAACUAACGAGUAACUAGGCAACCAAAUCAAAUGUUGUAAUUUACAAGGAGUAGGUUUGCCUGCCUGGUUAGUUUUGUGUUUUCAGCUUGUUUUCACUGCUCAACAACAUAUUGUUGAAACAGAUAUAUAUCAUAUGUUAGUCCCAGAAUGACCUCAUUUAUGUUGACUUGUCAUUAAACCCUGAUUUAUAUCUGGUUCUUCAUCGGAUGAUUUGUUGUUCACAAGGUUUUCUCUCAACCAGGGUUCUUAAUCCAUUUUGAAACGAACCGGCCAGAAUUGGGUCAAAUGAGGUUCCUAUAGGAAUUGGGUUUUAAAAUUUUAAGCUUCCAUUCCCUUUAUUAUAACCAGACUUCAAUAAAAAUAAUUCUUGGUAAUUUGUUAUGAGAAAUAUUGUAUUCUACUACAUGUAAAUACCACAAAAAUAACGACAACAGCUCUAGGUACACCGUUCGGAAUAUUUUCCAUAUUUAAUUCAUGUAUAGGCUUGAGACUCUCAACAUUAAUCCACAAUCUAGAUUUUUAACAAAAAAGAGUAAAAAACACGAUUUGAAUCUGUGUUAUAUUUGGAAGAUGAACGAUCAUGUUCGUGAAUGAACGGGAGGAUCUGUUCCCGAGCCACAAUGAGAAGAGGACUAACAACAUAUGAUAUAUUUCUAUUAUUACACAUGCGUUUCUAUGGAGACAUGUAAUGCCAUACACAUGUGUUUUCACCUACGUCGUCCAAGUUUUUGUCUAUACUGAACGACUGUUUUCAGAGGGUAGAAUCUUGCCCGGGCGGAACCUUUUAGCCUACUCGUCUCCAUGUUUCAACUCUGUACAUGGGAACUCAUUUCUCGUUCAUUCCGAAGGACUAUUCCCACUAUGAGAGGAACAUCUGGGUUAUUCUAUAUAUGACAAAGAAUAAUUUAUCGUUGUCGUGUGGGAUAAAUCAAGGGGAGAUAACUUUAUUUAUGACUGUAUGAUAUUUAUAUGUGUAAUAUAUGAUGAGUAAAUCAAUUUGUAAAUUAUUAAAUUUAUUGUAUUUUU